AUGAGUGAGGUUCCCGAAGUGGUAGUGGAACAUUGCAAUGGUGUGGAGACUGAAGCUGAGGCCACGGAAGAGGCGAACCAGAAUGGAGACGACGGAUUGGCCAUUGAUCCCAAACUGGGCUGCCGUGUUCAUUUCCCGAGUGACGUCAUAAGAGAAACUGAGUGUAAGGUGGACUUGGACCUAACUGGUGAUGGUGCGGCGUCAUGUGUGGUGAUCAUCAUGCGGGCGCCGCUGCCGGCUAACAGCUCGCCUUGUACGCUACCUACUCCACGUGUUUUGGAAUUCGAAAUAGACAAAAGGUGGGUAGAUGAAUAA